AUGGAUUUCAGUUCCUCAUCAGUAUUUGAUCAGCACAAAGGUGAUGCAGCAGAAGAGAUUGACUUGACUGUGGUUUACCAGGCAGCAGCUAAUGGUGAUGUGAACACAUUAACUGCAGUGAUUCGAGAAGACCCUUCCAUCCUGGAGUGCUGUGACAGCGAGGGUUGCACACCUUUGAUGCAUGCUGUGUCAGGACGCCAGGUUGAUACAGUGAAGCUUCUGUUGAAGAUGGGAGCCAAUAUUAAUACUCAAGAUGCUUGUGGACGUACCAGUUUAUCUCUGGCAACUUAUCUGGGCUGGCUGGAAGGCUGUGUCAGCCUGCUCAGAAACGGUGCUAAGCAGAACAUACCUGACAAAAACGGGAGGUUGCCACUACACGCUGCCACCGCAGAGCCUGACGUGAGGCUUCUGAACGUGCUUCUGCAGCAGUCGAAUCUUAGUGAAAUUAAUCAUCAGGACAAUGAGGGAAUGACUUCACUCCACUGGGCUGCUUUCCACAACAGGCCCCAGCACGCCCAGACUCUGCUGCACAAGGGAGCAGACCUGACUCUGGUGGACAAAGACUUCAAAACAGCUCUGCACUGGGCAGUACAGAGUGGCAAUAGGAUUCUGUGUUCCAUCAUUCUGGACCACUACCAGGGACCCGCAAUAAUAAACUACGAUGACGAGAAUGGCAAAACAUGUAUGCACAUUGCUGCUGCUGCAGGCUACAGUGAUAUUAUCAGUGAGCUGGCUAAGGUCCCGGAGUGCAACCUGCAGGCCCUCGAUGUGGAUGACAGGACACCUUUGCACUGGGCUGCAGCUGCAGGGAAAGCUGACUGUGUGCAGACACUGCUAGAGCUGGGGAUAGACAGCAGCCCUCGAGACAUCAAUGAAAACACUCCUCUGACAUAUGCAAUGUACUGUGGGCACACAGCGUGCAUCAAGCUGCUGUCUCAGGAGAGCAGUAGACCUGAGCCAGCUCAUCAGUUUCCCUCCCAGAACAAUGAUCUCCUAAAGAAAGAAGGACGAUUCAGCAUGCUGAACCACAUCUUCUCUUGCAAAAAGAAGAAAGAUGAUCAGAAAAACAGUCAGAAGGAGAGAAGCAGAGACCGAUAUCCUAGAGAAGAGACCUCAGAGGUAGAUGACAUCAUCACCACUUUUGAUUGCAUUAUGGACACAAACUGCAAAGACAUUCCAAAUGAGUGCGUGAACACCGCUGACUUUAAAAGAAGGAGCACAGACACAAAAUACCUCAUGCCAGAAAAGAAGCAACCAGAGUGUCAGGGACUUUUGCCUGUCAGAACCCAGAGCCUUCCCCCAAUCACUGUGGGCAAUUCCUUCCUAACUGCUUCCCAGAGCACAACAUCAAGCUUCUCCUCCAGCACCAGCACCCACCAUUUUGCACACAAGUCUCAAAAAAGUAGGAGUGAACACAACUUGCUGGACCACAGAAGCCCCUGCCAGGCUUUGUUGGAUGGUCCCUGGAGCACAGACUCUAACCAGCUAGUUUCCUACAAAAUCUGUACUAGGACUCCUUCAGACAAACUGAUAAAUGGCUUAAACUCUGAUAGAUCUCACCAUGUACUUUUGUGCCCUCCCCGCCUUCCCUCACUUCCCAGUUCUCCAUCAGGUAAAAGUUUUCAACAGAUGUCCAUAGACCAACCCAAAAUAAAAGAUCUUACUCCAGUACGGAACAGCCUAGCUCCAAUACCCAACCACUGUGCUCACAAAAUUCAGCUACCAUCUCAGGGUGCUAAGAAGUUUAAGUCCCUGCCUUUAAAUUCCCUAAGGACUGGUGCAGUUAUUCUCCCACCAGCCCCAACCUCCAGAUCCCAGAAAAGGGGGCAUUCCCAGAGUCAUUUGCUCAAUUCUGUCUUGCCUGGUCUAUCAGGAGAGCCUCUGAAACCAAGCCGUGUCCUACCUGCUAUCCCAAGCCAGAAGAAAUCUAACCCUGCAGAAGAGCUUGACAAAUGUAUCACCAAACCAGGCGCUGAAAAUUAA